AUGACAACUCAAGUAUCGCCGUCUCCCUCGUUCACCAAGACUACCACUCCCCCAGAUUGGCUAGGUUGGGUCUCAAAACCGAAUCGGCCAUACGGUCGCGGCACACUGGACAUUCUGUGGUCCUGUCUAUUCACAAUAUUCAUCUGCACAUGGACGAUCCAGCAUCCAAUGGUCCCUGGGCGCGAUGAGAAAUGGCAAUGGAUUUCAAUUCGUAAGGUGUGGCUCAUGGCAUUCACUGUUAUUGCUCCGGAGAUGCUCAUUGGGUCUGCAAUUGGCGAAUACCUACUCGCCAAUGAAUCUGUGGAUGAAUUUAAGAACGAAAUAUCUCAAGACUGGACCACCACCCACGGCUUCUUUGCGCUAAUGGGAGGAUUUGUGGUUAAAAGCCGAAACAAUCCACCUCUGGUUAUCCGUGUCAGCGGCCGCGGUAUUAUGAAUUUAAAAGAUAGUGGCAGCCCGAAGCCAGUCACGAAGAGGGAUAUCGACGACAGGAGCAAAGCGGAUAUACUCGUUAAGGCCACUGCGUGCUUCCAGGCACUUUGGUUAGUAAUACAAUGCUGCGCACGAGUGCAACAAAACCUUCCAAUCACACCGCUUGAGCUUGCUACCGUCGGCUUUGUUGGUUGUUCGCUCGUAACUUAUGUGACAUGGUUUUCUAAACCGCAACAGGUCAACGAGACGAUAACCAUCCUGGAAGCACCUGCACUGGACUUUCAGACCCUGCGAAGCCAAGUUAAUAAAGGGUGGAAGUCCGACAUCGAAAUCUCGGACGAAUAUCAAACCAGUGUUAUUAAGGCCCUCGAGGAAAAGGGCAGAAUAAAAACACUUCAUUACUUUGCUGGCCACCAUAAGCAUAGUAUGCGUAUUUCUAUGGCGGCCGGAAGCCUUUUUGGAGCAGUGCAUAUCAUAGCUUGGAAUUUUGCUUUCCCCACCCGGGUUGAAACCAUUAUGUGGAGGGUGGCGGCGGUCGCAUCUACAGUCAUGCCAACAGUGCUCCUAUUUCUGCUUCUUAUAUCUCUCCCCCAGGGGCCACUGUCAUCCAUCAAUGACUCCUAUGUGUAUCCUCUCCUUAAAAGGUUAGGGAGGACUAAUCGUCAAGAAAGGGAGAACAACGCCGUGUAUGGCACAAUGCGCUUGUAUCUCAUAGUUGCACUUUUCAUUACUUUCCGGUCUCAACCACCAAGUAUCUAUACUACCGUGGACUGGAGUAAGUAUAUUCCUCACUUUAGUUAA